AAGCAUUAGGGUCCUGAGGCAUGGGGCUCACCACGGGGCCAAACGGAGCUCGUGCUGCCCCUCAGAAAAGCUUGCGUCGAGUGUGGCAGCGGGGCGGUCGUGGUUCAAAGGUGAGGCAUCGGGGCGGCACAAUGGAGGGCGAGCAGAGCACUCCUGCCUCCAGUGCCAGCAGCAGUACAGGCACCAGUACCUCCACCACAAACUCCACAGGCACCUCCAUUGCCAGCACUGUCAGCUCCAGCAGCAGCAGCACAAGCAGUGGAAGAGCGGCCGUUCCACAGAUAUCUGUAUACAGCGGCAUACCUGACCGACAGACUGUACAGGUGAUCCAGCAGGCUCUACACAGGCAGCCCAGCACAGCGGCGCAGUACCUGCAGCAGAUGUAUGCAGCUCAACAGCAGCAUCUGAUGCUGCAAACGGCAGCUCUACAGCAGCAGCACCUCAGCACAGCGCAGCUGCAGAGCCUUGCAGCAGUGCAGCAGGCCAGUUUAGCAGCCGGCAGACAAAACCAGAAUGGGACCUCAUCUACGCAGAGCGGGCCAUCGCAGACCACAAUUAAUUUAACCACAUCCCCUGCCGCUGCUCAGCUGAUCAGUCGUGCCCAGAGUGUAAACUCCACCCCCUCUGGGAUCUCUCAGCAAGCUGUGUUGCUAGGCAACGCCUCAAGCUCCACCCUGACAGCCAGCCAAGCUCAAAUGUACCUGCGAGCACAGAUGAGGAGACGCAGGUCUUUUAUCUCAGGUCUUUAUCUGGGAUCUUUAUCUGAGGAAAACAUAUGUAAUUGUUUUAAUGUGUUAUGUGUUGUGGCUUUGCAUAUAGCUGAACGUUCGGCAGGAAAUUUCGGGGUUUUCCAGGGUUGCGCUCUGCAGGGAAUAACUCAUCAACUCCUUAUUCUGAACAUCCGGGAGAAAGAAAGAGUGAGAGAAACGUAUGCCCAAAUCCAGCCGCAGGCCCUUAUUAAGCAGCAACCACAACAGUUUGUCAUUCAACCCCAAGCCCCACCCACCUCAAGAACCCAGUCUCAGUUACUGCAAACCGUCUCGGUCCAGCCCCACCAACAGACAGCCUCACUGGCCAUCCAGAGCUCUGCCCAGACCUCAUCGGUAGCAGGGAUCAUUCCGGUUUUGCCUAAACCAGCACUUCACAACCAGGGAUCGGCUCAAAAUCAACAGGCCACUAUCUUCCAUUCAACUGUAAGCCACCAUGCACUCAGUCAGCACGGCUCACACACAGGCCUGGCCCAUGCUAAAGCUCAACCGGUCCAACUGACAGCCAUCAAUCUCCAAAUCCAACCAGCACAACGCCAGGCUUCAAGGCUUGCUCAGGAUGACAAGGAGAAGCCCACCUCUUUGGUGGUAAGAGAGAUUUGUCCACCAGUACAUAUACAGCCAACCACUACGACCCAAGGCACCGACCCCCCUGAACAAUCCAAAAUCGACACUGUUAACGCUACAUCUCAAACGCAAGGCUCUGUGGAGACCGCGCGCGACCCCACGGGAGCACCGGUGACACCGACCAUGACCUCGGAAGCCCCAAGCGAGGCGCCUCCGGCAGCUGUGACGGGAAGUGUGGCACAAAACGGCGAGAACAAGCCACCUCAAGCCAUUGUAAAGCCACACGUCCUCACGCACGUCAUCGAGGGUUUUGUCAUUCAGGAGGGAGCUGAGCCAUUCCCUGUGGAGAGACCACCGGUGCAGGCAGACAGCCCCAAGAAACCAGACACGCAGCUUCCCUCAGAUCCAGAGAAAACGGCCAGCAGUAAUUCCCUCAGUGCCACAAACUCAGACAUGGAGGAGGCUGGACAACAAGACACGAGGACUCAGGAGGAGCCAGAUGAGCCCAAGCUCACAUGUGAGCUCUGUGGAUGGGUCGAUUUUGCCUACAAGUUCAAACGUUCAAAACGCUUCUGUUCCAUGGUCUGUGCUAAAAGAUACAGUGUAAGUUGCACGAAGCGGGUUGGUCUGUUCCACCCCGACAGAACUAAAACAACCAAUCAGAUAAAUCAGUGGAGAAGGAGGAGGUCUCAUAGUCCCAGAGGCAGGGAGGCCAAAAAGCAGCGGCUCUCUGUGCCUCAGCAAUCUCAGGGAGAAUCUAUAUCCUCACCGCUCCAAUCUCAGCCUAGUCAAGGAGAGUCCAGCCCCUGCUCGGAUAUCUCCAGCUAUGAGGAAGCAACUUCCCCGCUCUCUGCAGCCAGUUCUGGCCCAAUCGUUUCUCAAGGUGGGCUCGCUGCUAACGACCCCGAAGAGCUUCCUCUCCUCAGUCAGCACUUCCUGCCAAUUGACCCCACCAAAUGGAAUGUGCAUGAGGUGUUUGAGUUCAUUCGCUCUUUGCCAGGUUGCCAGGAGAUUGCAGAUGAGUUUCGUGCUCAGGAGAUUGAUGGACAGGCCAUGCUGCUACUAAAGGAAGAUCACCUAAUGAGUGCCAUGAAUAUUAAACUAGGACCCGCCCUCAAAGUCUUCGCUCGCAUAAACAUGCUGAAAGAUUCCAAGCCUUGAAAAGGCAGCAAGUGUGUGUGUGUAUAUGUGUUCUCUGAUGUCACUGACCUUGACCUAGUGACUACAGUACCCCAACUGCACUACAACAUUUUUUUUUUUUUUAUAAUAUCCAAAAAACUUUACACAUAUUGGGGCUAAAGCCCAAAACUGCACCUCCUCAAGAAAAGAACUGAAAUAAAUUCAGCUGGAACAGAAAAUGACCCGACUACCUAUGAAAAAAUCGCACAAUAGUGACUUAUACCAAAUGGAAGGCAUUAUGAAUCAGUGAUUUGGAAUUCUGACUGGGACUCUUAACUUAACUAGUAGUAUCGGUGCUCAGAAGAAAUCUUUGGGCAAUGUAUGUAACACAACAGUGCUGUCCAAACAGAACUAAUAUUAUCAUGUGGUUUUACAAUCCCACAUCUUGGCCCAGAUGUCUCUGGAUUGUACAUUUGUUGUUUUCAGGUAUCAUUUUGUCUUAUUGUACAUGUCAGAUGCUUUUGUACAGUACAAAUAUGUUUAAGUAAAUUAUUCUUACCUUUGUGUGUGAGUAUAUGUAACAGAGUUGAAUCACAACAAACUGGUGCUAUUUCACUGUCACAUUUACUUUGAGAAGACUUGAAUAACAGAAGCACAGUAACAGAAUAUUCAACUUUAAACCUGAAGACCGAUAAGAAGGGAUCCAGUCUGAAAAAUUCCUGUCAACAGCGCCUUAUUCAAUGUGUGUCCGUACAGACACUCUGGUUUUGAGAUGCACAUUACAUUGUAUUUGUCUUGGAUAUUGGGAAUGACGCUAUGUUUGGUUUUAAUUGUGCCCUGAUUUGUCAUUGUAUGUUGCUAGGAAGGAUUGUGAUGAUGAAUUGUUUUUUGUACAAUGCUUUGCGAAAUGCCUGUAUUUAUCAGAUGAAUGAAAUUUGUAAUAUAACAUUUUUAAUGAAG